AUGUUCAAAGGCCCAGACAUUCGAGCCAGACAUUCGAGGGAAUUAUGCCGGCUCUCAAGUCCUGUUUGUCCAAUCAAUCAUCCCAAAUUCGACGAUUCAGACUCAAACUUGCGUCCGGGAUCAAAAGCACAUCUCCGUAGGUUCACUGUCUUUCUGGAGCAACAUAUUACUACCAAGGCGAUAAUCUUGUGCAACCUGAUGAGCGCGUUUGGCGCUGUUGGGAGCUCUGACCGUUUCAUUCAAGGCAAUGAACAACUUCAAAGAAAAAUUUGGUUGGAUCCCAAUUCCAUCGUGCAUGAUCGCCAUAAUGUGGCACGGCUGGACCAAGACCGUGGUGUUGAGGUCUGGGAUCAAGGAGCGAGCAAUGUUCAUGGGUGCUUUGGAAUCUGCCAUAGUGUUUUUCUUUCAAUGAUGGUUCAAAAUGGACUUGGCCGGGACAAAGAUACUCUCAGCAGCAAAGAGCUGGACAACUAUCAAAAGUAUGCUUAUGCAUCUCAAUUGGUCUAUAUACCGACUCUCUGGAUUGCGAAACUGAGCACAUUGUUCUAUUUACGGGCUUUGACUCCAGAUUCAAACUACGCAAUUCUCAACCGCUUUACCGAGGUAUUCGUGACACUAUGGGCUUUAAGUGCUGAGAUUUCGAUUCUAUUUCAAUGCGAUCAACCGAGCUUAUGGGCCGUUCUUUCUACUGAGCAAUGUUUCAAUAUUGGCGCAUUUUGGAUAGCUAUCGGAGCACUUGACAUCGUAUCCGAUAGUGGCAUCAUCCUUUUGCCAAUAUUUAUCGUCUGGGGUUUACAAAUGCCGUUGAGGCGUAAAGCUCUCGUCUUUAUGGCAUUUGGGACUAGAACGUUCAUUCUACCCCUAUCAAUAAUCCGACUCGUCGUCAUUUCCUCUUCAGGAUCUCCCACACUUUCGAAUCAAACACUGGUUUCAUAUCACAACUAUUUCUGGACAACAGUCCAGCUCAACGGAGCCAUUUUCUUUACAUGUUUACCAUUCUUGAAACCAUUCAUGGAAUCUAUGUCGUCCGGUGGCCUCGCCGCAUCCGUAAACGCAAUGGAUUCCUCCUACAGCAACAAUCAUUCUCCCUCGAACUCAAAAUUAAGCACCUUUCUCUCUUCCCGCUCGGGAUGGAAGUCCUCGAAAAAGAAUUCUACCAAAACACCACAUCAUCUUCGCACUAUAUCAUCUUUCCAAGACCACGACGACGAUGAUGAAAUAUCUACUCCUACAACUUCGUCUCCCAAUUCCAAUUUCAAGAAGUCGUCGCCGAUGUUCAAUUUCCGUUUUGUUAAUACAAACAACAUGAUUGCAAAAAAUAGUUAUGAAGGCGAGGAACUUGGUACCUUGAGACCGGAUGGAGCUAUGAACUUCGCAAAUAUUCGCCGCUCGACCCCGGACAAUACCGCGGAUAGGAGUACUGCUGGAAGUGACAAGAUGAUCAUCAGACGAACUACCGAAUGUGACGUGCGGGAAGAUUUUGAGAGUGCCGAGGGCAGAAGGACUCGUUCAAGAGAUAGAGCUGGAGAUGAUUUUGAGAUACACAAGAUUAGUAUGGAAAGGAGAGACGAGGAGGCGUGGGAGCGAAAAGUUAUAACGGAAAAUUCACACAAAUCACCCAAGGAGGACAAAUCGCCAUACCGAUCACCAAACACACCAAGCCAAGCACUUUCCUUUCAAACAUCCACCAUUCCACCAUUCCACUAUACCACUAUACCACUAUCAAAUCAUCAAAUCAAAACCAACAAAUCAAAACCAACAACUCUCUCUAAAGAAAUCAUGACAACCUACCUCAUCGAAAUAAAUCUCGCCGGAAACAAGAGCAACCCAGCUUUCCCACACUUUAUCGAAUAUCUCUCUGGGACCGAAUCUCUCUCCGAGACUCCUCCCGCUACUGAGCUAUCAGAACCCGACUGUGUGGGGUAUUUACAGGGAGAGCCGGCGGCGCAGAUUGGGAUUAUUGUUUCUCGUGAGAAACCUCACCCUCCCCACCCUGCUCCACCUCCUCACCCCCGCCUCCCCGCCUUCCCCGUCCCCCCAAAAAUAACCCGGACGAGCGAGACGUCCAUCUAUGAUCCCCCUGGAUACGCUGUACAGCAACUCUCUAUUUACAUACCCCUUCAUACCGAGGAUGGCACCGAGCACGAUACCGAGCACGAAGCAACAUCAACAUCAACCUUACUGAAAUUAAAGUGGCUGUUUAAGGCUCUGUACAUGCAACUUGAGCGCGAGGGAAAAGCAAGUGGGAUGAGGCAGGGUGAGAUUUAUUCUACGUCGGUUAAUGGAGAUGGAGAUGGAAAUGGAGAGAUUGAAGGGCUACGGUAUCAGGGGAGGGAAUGUAGGGUGUGGAGUAUUUGGAUUACGUGGGUGGAUGAGAAUGAGAAAAUGAGGGGGUAUGGAUAUGGAGGGGGUGUUGGGGUGGGAGGAGAGGAAUUGGGAGUUUUUGGGUUAUGGGGAUUUUUUGAAGGGGUUGAAGAAGGGGUUGGUUGA